AAAUGCAGUGUAUGAAAUUGAACAUAAUGAGUUCAAACUUUUUAUUAGUUCUCUAUUUUUUAUGCAUGGCGCUAAACAUUGUGCAAACACUAGAUUAUGGAGAAUGCAGAACUUCUUGUAUCAACGGAAAAUGCAAAGGCGGAAAAUGUAUCUGUAACGAAGGAUUUCUUCUGGACAAGAAAACGAAAAAUAAAUGUGAUCGGUUUUGCAGUAAACCUUGUACGAAUGGAGUAUGCUCAGCCAAAGAAACUUGUAAAUGCAAAUCUGGCUAUAUCAUCGAUCCGAAAGAUAAAUACAAAUGCAAUCCACUCUGUAGCAGAACGUGCGUGAAUGGAAGGUGUUCAGCCAAAGAAACUUGUACCUGCAAUUCUGGCUUUAUCCACGAUCCGAAAGAUAAAUACAAAUGCAAUCCACUCUGUAGCAGAACGUGCGUGAAUGGAAGGUGUUCAGCCAAAGAAACUUGUACCUGCAAUUCUGGCUUUAUCAUCGAUCCGAAAGAUAAAUACAAAUGCAAUCCACUCUGUAGCAGAACGUGCGUGAAUGGAAGGUGUUCAACCAAAGAAACUUGUACCUGCAAUUCUGGCUAUAUCAUCGAUCCGAAAGAUAAAUACAAAUGCAAUCCACUCUGUAGCAGAACGUGCGUGAAUGGAAGGUGUUCAGCCAAAGAAACUUGUACCUGCAAUUCUGGCUACAUCAUCGAUCCGAAAGAUAAAUACAAAUGCAAUCCACUCUGUAGCAGAACGUGCGUGAAUGGAAGGUGUUCAGCCAAAGAAACUUGUACCUGCAAUUCUGGCUUUAUCAUCGAUCCGAAAGAUAAAUACAAAUGCAAUCCACUCUGUAGCAGAACGUGCGUGAAUGGAAGGUGUUCAGCCAAAGAAACUUGUACCUGCAAUUUCGGCUUUCUCAUCGAUCCGAAAGAUAAAUACAAAUGCAAUCCACUCUGUAGCAGAACGUGCGUGAAUGGAAGGUGUUCAGCCAAAGAAACUUGUACCUGCAAUUUUGGCUUUCUCAUCGAUCCGAAAGAUAAAUACAAAUGCAAUCCACUCUGUAGCAGAACGUGCGUGAAUGGAAGGUGUUCAGCCAAAGAAACUUGUACCUGCAAUUUUGGCUUUCUCAUCGAUCCGAAAGAUAAAUACAAAUGCAAUCCACUCUGUAGCAGAACGUGCGUGAAUGGAAGGUGUUCAGCCAAAGAAACUUGUACCUGCAAUUUUGGCUUUCUCAUCGAUCCGAAAGAUAAAUACAAAUGCAAUCCACUCUGUAGCAGAACGUGCGUGAAUGGAAGGUGUUCAGCCAAAGAAACUUGUACCUGCAAUUUUGGCUUUCUCAUCGAUCCGAAAGAUAAAUACAAAUGCAAUCCACUCUGUAGCAGAACGUGCGUGAAUGGAAGGUGUUCAGCCAAAGAAACUUGUACCUGCAAUUUUGGCUUUCUCAUCGAUCCGAAAGAUAAAUACAAAUGCAAUCCACUCUGUAGCAGAACGUGCGUGAAUGGAAGGUGUUCAGCCAAAGAAACUUGUACCUGCAAUUUUGGCUUUCUCAUCGAUCCGAAAGAUAAAUACAAAUGCAAUCCACUCUGUAGCAGAACGUGCGUGAAUGGAAGGUGUUCAGCCGAAGAAACUUGUACCUGCAAUUUUGGCUUUCUCAUCGAUCCGAAAGAUAAAUACAAAUGCAAUCCACUCUGUAGCAGAACGUGCGUGAAUGGAAGGUGUUCAGCCAAAGAAACUUGUACCUGCAAUUUUGGCUUUCUCAUCGAUCCGAAAGAUAAAUACAAAUGCAAUCCACUCUGUAGCAGAACGUGCGUGAAUGGAAGGUGUUCAGCCAAAGAAACUUGUACCUGCAAUUUUGGCUUUCUCAUCGAUCCGAAAGAUAAAUACAAAUGCAAUCCACUCUGUAGCAGAACGUGCGUGAAUGGAAGGUGUUCAGCCAAAGAAACUUGUACCUGCAAUUUUGGCUUUCUCAUCGAUCCGAAAGAUAAAUACAAAUGCAAUCCACUCUGUAGCAGAACGUGCGUGAAUGGAAGGUGUUCAGCCAAAGAAACUUGUACCUGCAAUUUUGGCUUUCUCAUCGAUCCGAAAGAUAAAUACAAAUGCAAUCCACUCUGUAGCAGAACGUGCGUGAAUGGAAGGUGUUCAGCCAAAGAAACUUGUACCUGCAAUUUUGGCUUUCUCAUCGAUCCGAAAGAUAAAUACAAAUGCAAUCCACUCUGUAGCAGAACGUGCGUGAAUGGAAGGUGUUCAGCCGAAGAAACUUGUACCUGCAAUUUUGGCUUUCUCAUCGAUCCGAAAGAUAAAUACAAAUGCAAUCCACUCUGUAGCAGAACGUGCGUGAAUGGAAGGUGUUCAGCCAAAGAAACUUGUACCUGCAAUUUUGGCUUUCUCAUCGAUCCGAAAGAUAAAUACAAAUGCAAUCCACUCUGUAGCAGAACGUGCGUGAAUGGAAGGUGUUCAGCCAAAGAAACUUGUACCUGCAAUUUUGGCUUUCUCAUCGAUCCGAAAGAUAAAUACAAAUGCAAUCCACUCUGUAGCAGAACGUGCGUGAAUGGAAGGUGUUCAGCCAAAGAAACUUGUACCUGCAAUUUUGGCUUUCUCAUCGAUCCGAAAGAUAAAUACAAAUGCAAUCCACUCUGUAGCAGAACGUGCGUGAAUGGAAGGUGUUCAGCCAAAGAAACUUGUACCUGCAAUUCUGGCUAUAUCAUCGAUCCGAAAGAUAAAUACAAAUGCAAUCCACUCUGUAGCAGAACGUGCGUGAAUGGAAGGUGUUCAGCCAAAGAAACUUGUACCUGCAAUUCUGGCUUUAUCAUCGAUCCGAAAGAUAAAUACAAAUGCAAUCCACUCUGUAGCAGAACGUGCGUGAAUGGAAGGUGUUCAGCCAAAGAAACUUGUACCUGCAAUUCUGGCUAUAUCAUCGAUCCGAAAGAUAAAUACAAAUGCAAUCCACUCUGUAGCAGAACGUGCGUGAAUGGAAGGUGUUCAGCCAAAGAAACUUGUACCUGCAAUUCUGGCUUUAUCAUCGAUCCGAAAGAUAAAUACAAAUGCAAUCCACUCUGUAGCAGAACGUGCGUGAAUGGAAGGUGUUCAGCCAAAGAAACUUGUACCUGCAAUUCUGGCUUUCUCAUCGAUCCGAAAGAUAAAUACAAAUGCAAUCCACUCUGUAGCAGAACGUGCGUGAAUGGAAGGUGUUCAGCCAAAGAAACUUGUACCUGCAAUUCUGGCUAUAUCAUCGAUCCGAAAGAUAAAUACAAAUGCAAUCCACUCUGUAGCAGAACGUGCGUGAAUGGAAGGUGUUUAGCCAAAGAAACUUGUACCUGCAAUUCUGGCUUUCUCAUCGAUCCGAAAGAUAAAUACAAAUGCAAUCCACUCUGUAGCAGAACGUGCGUGAAUGGAAGGUGUUCAGCCAAAGAAACUUGUACCUGCAAUUCUGGCUUUAUCAUCGAUCCGAAAGAUAAAUACAAAUGCAAUCCACUCUGUAGCAGAACGUGCGUGAAUGGAAGGUGUUCAGCCAAAGAAACUUGUACCUGCAAUUCUGGCUUUAUCAUCGAUCCGAAAGAUAAAUACAAAUGCAAUCCACUCUGUAGCAGAACGUGCGUGAAUGGAAGGUGUUCAGCCAAAGAAACUUGUACCUGCAACUCUGGCUUUAUCAUCGAUCCGAAAGAUAAAUACAAAUGCAAUCCACUCUGUAGCAGAACGUGCGUGAAUGGAAGGUGUUCAGACAAAGAAACUUGUACCUGCAAUUCUGGCUAUAUCAUCGAUCCGAAAGAUAAAUACAAAUGCAAUCCACUCUGUAGCAGAACGUGCGUGAAUGGAAGGUGUUCAGCCAAAGAAACUUGUACCUGCAAUUCUGGCUUUAUCAUCGAUCCGGAAGAUAAAUACAAAUGCAAUCCACUCUGUAGCAGAACGUGCGUGAAUGGAAGGUGUUCAGCCAAAGAAACUUGUACCUGCAAUUCUGGCUUUAUCAUCGAUCCGAAAGAUAAAUACAAAUGCAAUCCACUCUGUAGCAGAACGUGCGUGAAUGGAAGGUGUUCAGACAAAGAAACUUGUACCUGCAAUUCUGGCUAUAUCAUCGAUCCGAAAGAUAAAUACAAAUGCAAUCCACUCUGUAGCAGAACGUGCGUGAAUGGAAGGUGUUCAGCCAAAGAAACUUGUACCUGCAAUUCUGGCUUUAUCAUCGAUCCGAAAGAUAAAUACAAAUGCAAUCCACUCUGUAGCAGAACGUGCGUGAAUGGAAGGUGUUCAGCCAAAGAAACUUGUACCUGCAAUUCUGGCUUUAUCAUCGAUCCGAAAGAUAAAUACAAAUGCAAUCCACUCUGUAGCAGAACGUGCGUGAAUGGAAGGUGUUCAGCCAAAGAAACUUGUACCUGCAAUUCUGGCUAUAUCAUCGAUCCGAAAGAUAAAUACAAAUGCAAUCCACUCUGUAGCAGAACGUGCGUGAAUGGAAGGUGUUCAGCCAAAGAAACUUGUACCUGCAAUUCUGGCUAUAUCAUCGAUCCGAAAGAUAAAUACAAAUGCAAUCCACUCUGUAGCAGAACGUGCGUGAAUGGAAGGUGUUCAGCCAAAGAAACUUGUACCUGCAAUUCUGGCUUUAUCAUCGAUCCGAAAGAUAAAUACAAAUGCAUUCCACUCUGUAGCAGAACGUGCGUGAAUGGAAGGUGUUCAGCCAAAGAAACUUGUACCUGCAAUUCUGGCUUUAUCAUCGAUCCGAAAGAUAAAUACAAAUGCAUUCCACUCUGUAGCAGAACGUGCGUGAAUGGAAGGUGUUCAGCCAAAGAAACUUGUACCUGCAAUUCUGGCUUUAUCAUCGAUCCGAAAGAUAAAUACAAAUGCAUUCCACUCUGUAGCAGAACGUGCGUGAAUGGAAGGUGUUCAGCCAAAGAAACUUGUACCUGCAAUUCUGGCUAUAUCAUCGAUCCGAAAGAUAAAUACAAAUGCAAUCCACUCUGUAGCAGAACGUGCGUGAAUGGAAGGUGUUCAGCCAAAGAAACUUGUACCUGCAAUUCUGGCUUUAUCAUCGAUCCGAAAGAUAAAUACAAAUGCAUUCCACUCUGUAGCAGAACGUGCGUGAAUGGAAGGUGUUCAGCCAAAGAAACUUGUACCUGCAAUUCUGGCUUUAUCAUCGAUCCGAAAGAUGAAUACAAAUGCAAUCCACUCUGUAGCAGAACGUGCGUGAAUGGAAGGUGUUCAGCCAAAGAAACUUGUACCUGCAAUUCUGGCUUUCUCAUCGAUCCGAAAGAUAAAUACAAAUGCAAUCCACUCUGUAGCAGAACGUGCGUGAAUGGAAGGUGUUCAGCCAAAGAAACUUGUACCUGCAAUUCUGGCUAUAUCAUCGAUCCGAAAGAUAAAUACAAAUGCAAUCCAUUCUGUAGCAGAACGUGCGUGAAUGGAAGAUGUUCAGCCAAAGAAACUUGUACCUGCAAUUCUGGCUUUAUCAUCGAUCCGAAAGAUAAAUACAAAUGCAAUCCACUCUGUAGCAGAACGUGCGUGAAUGGAAGGUGUUCAGCCAAAGAAACUUGUACCUGCAAUUCUGGCUAUAUCAUCGAUCCGAAAGAUAAAUACAAAUGCAAUCCAUUCUGUAGCAGAACGUGCGUGAAUGGAAGGUGUUCAGCCAAAGAAACUUGUACCUGCAAUUCUGGCUAUAUCAUCGAUCCGAAAGAUAAAUACAAAUGCAAUCCACUUUGUAGCAGAACGUGCGUGAAUGGAAGGUGUUCAGCCAAAGAAACUUGUACCUGCAAUUCUGGCUUUAUCAUCGAUCCGAAAGAUAAAUACAAAUGCAAUCCACUCUGUAGCAGAACGUGCGUGAAUGGAAGGUGUUCAGACAAAGAAACUUGUACCUGCAAUUCUGGCUUUCUCAUCGAUCCGAAAGAUAAAUACAAAUGCAAUCCACUCUGUAGCAGAACGUGCGUGAAUGGAAGGUGUUCAGCCAAAGAAACUUGUACCUGCAAUUCUGGCUUUCUCAUCGAUCCGAAAGAUAAAUACAAAUGCAAUCCACUCUGUAGCAGAACGUGCGUGAAUGGAAGGUGUUCAGCCAAAGAAACUUGUACCUGCAAUUCUGGCUAUAUCAUCGAUCCGAAAGAUAAAUACAAAUGCAAUCCAUUCUGUAGCAGAACGUGCGUGAAUGGAAGAUGUUCAGCCAAAGAAACUUGUACCUGCAAUUCUGGCUUUAUCAUCGAUCCGAAAGAUAAAUACAAAUGCAAUCCACUCUGUAGCAGAACGUGCGUGAAUGGAAGGUGUUCAGCCAAAGAAACUUGUAUCUGUAAUUCUUUUUAUAUCAUUGAUCCGAAGGAUAAAUACAAAUGUAAUCCACUCUUUAGCAGAACGUGCUUGGAACUCUUCAAUUAUUUUCGUCAAGAAAAAUGUCAUAUGAUGGCGGAUGGUAUUUGUAUGUUCUUCAGUAACAAUACCAAAUCAUCAAUCGAUAAAUUAGAUGCUCCGGACUCUUACAGAGCUAACAGUUCUUCGAGCUAUAGAGAAGAUUAUAUACUUCUGGGACUCGGGUUUCUUUUAGGUGCCUCCACUUUUCUUAUUCCUUAUGCAAUUUGUACAGUCUUGAAGAAAAAAAGGAAUCAAGAGAUAGGUCCCAUCAUGAAUGCGAUAGAUGAUUUCUACAAUCCUCAUUCUUCAAAUUUGAAUAACAGUUCUUCAGCAAUAAACUCAGAUCCUACCUAUGAAAUGAUGAUGAUGUCAUCUUCACGAACAUCACUUCUACAGACUGAUAGAAAUAGGGAUUUAGUUUAGUUCAAUCAAUUUCUAUUUAAUCAAUACAGAAUUUUAUUGUUUGAAUUCACUCGAAUAUCAUUUUUAUAGAAGGUUUGAAAAUUGGAAUAUUCAAAUUAUUUGUGAGUCAAUCUUUUCUAUUAAGUUGAUGUGGCUGACAUGAAUGUAAAAGCUGUUGUUUA